CGGCGACACCAUUUGCACUUCUUUCUUCUUCGCUCUCACUACUCUGUGGAAACUAUUACGGAGUCAAAUAAAGCAGAGCCUUCUCUAUCUCUCUCCAUUCCUCUCCGUUAUAGAUAGCCGCUCACAAGCACAUACGGUCACUUCACUGUGGAAGAAUUGAACCUCGGCGGUCGAUGCUUUAGUGUUACCACAUCGGUUUGAACUCGUCCAUCCAGGAGGCAAAGCGCACGACCGGGUCGCCGGAAUGUCUACCAAUCCGUCUGACGGGUCUUCCGAAGACUUCUUCGAGCAAAUCCUAGGGUUUCCCCCAUACGUCUCCGAUGCCAAUUUGGCGGGAACGGCUUCAGCGUCGCCGAUGAUGCUCCAGCUCGGCUCCCGAGACGGCUCGGCUCACCUCGGUGGUGUUAGGAUGGGUAUGGGGCUAGGCGGGAUGGGGAUGCCUUUUCACGCAACAGGUACGCCGUUUCCACUGGGGCUCAGUUUGGAGCAGGGGAGAGGUGAGUUCAUGAAGAUGAACGAUACAUCUUCUCAUAGCAUGAAGAUGGAUAACAGAGCUUCAUCUUCUAUGAAACCGGGUUUCCAUGGCCAGCUGAUGCCAAGCUCAGUUCCAAAUAUGGCACAUCCACCUGCAGUUCGACCAAGAGUGCGGGCAAGGCGGGGUCAGGCAACCGAUCCACAUAGUAUUGCUGAGAGGUUACGCAGGGAAAGAAUAGCAGAAAGAAUUAGAGCAUUGCAGGAGUUGGUUCCCAAUGUUAAUAAGACUGAUAGAGCAGUCAUGCUUGAUGAAAUUGUGGAUUAUGUUAAGUUCCUCAGACUUCAAGUUAAGGUGUUGAGCAUGAGCAGAUUGGGAGGGGCUGGGGCAGUUGCACCAUUAGUCACUGAAAUGCCAAUUUCAUUGUCAGAGGAAGAGGGCGGAGAAGCAGGAAAAAGUCAACCGGCGUGGGAGAAAUGGUCAAACGAUGGCACGGAAAGACAGGUCGCUAAACUGAUGGAAGAAAACGUUGGGGCAGCAAUGCAGUUUCUUCAAUCCAAGGCUCUCUGCAUUAUGCCCAUCUCUCUUGCUUCCGCCAUCUACCACUCCCCAUCCCCAGACACCACUCCUUCUAGCUUCUUGAAACCUGAAACAAAUCAUCCUUCUUAGGAAAACAUCAAUUUCCCAGAAUGCCCUCCACCUUUUCUUUGAAAUGGAAAUCCUAGUCAGGGGCCAGGGUGCCACAACGUUUGUUUUCCGUGUCUUCUUGGGUCUUUAUGCAAAGACGCUGUUCGGUGUCGUGUUCUAAAAUAACCGGAUAGGUUGUGGCCAAAUUGUCAAAGGCACCUUUGAUUUGCUGCCUGAUUUAGGAAAAAAAAAUAUAGUCGGUGGUGGGCAUGUGGGGCUGCCCUGGUGUUGUAGUGGUGAAUGACAGAAGCCCUUUUACUGUUUUAAAAUUAUUAUAUAUAUAGCCCGGGACUCUUGUUUCAGUAGUGGAUGUUUAAACAGUUGUACUUGUUUACUAUGCAAAGAGUUGUAUGGCACUCGUAUUAGAUUAUUUAUUAUCGAGUUUUUCUAUAAUAUUGCUCAUAUUGAAGUAACACUCAGGCUAAACUUUUUUAUAUUUGUAUAGUUUUAAAUUAUUUUAUUUUAUUUUUUACUUUAUCAAAUCAAUACUAAUCAAUGUGAGACAAUUCUAUGUA